AUUAAAUAAUAUGAGUGAGAAGGAACAAGAGAGUUAUAGUGGUUCGAGUGAUAGAGGAAGUGGAGAGAAAGAUGAUGAAAGCAGCAGUAGUCGGCAAGGGAAAAGUUGGGGAAGCCAAGAAACUAGUAAUGGGAAGAGAUCUAGCGAGCAAGAGAGCAUAGAAUCGUCUAAAGAAGAUAGUACGAGUAAUCUGAAAUCUGAUUCAGAUUCAGAUGCUAUUUAUGAUAAUGAUGAAGAUAGGGUUGAUGAUCUCGAUCACAAUCCAAUAGUACCAAGAGCAAGUGCUUCUUUUUCUACUGAAACAGAAGAAAAUAGUAUUGGCCAAGAAGACCAGGUCCAUAGCAUGAGCGAUGAAGAAGAUGUAGAAAGCGUGAGUCAGGAGGCAGAUGGAGAUGAAAACUCAGACGACCAAGAAGAAGCUGAAAGUAUAGAUGUAGACAAAGAGCUACUUGAAUUUACUCAAAAUGAAAAAGUGUACAAAUAUACUUUGAAUGAAAAUACCAAGAUUGAUAUAUGGGAUGUAGGCUUAAAAGAUCUAUCCGAAGAGCAACUUGAAAAACUUCGACACCAAGACCUCCGCAUAAAACACAAGGUUGAGCAAGAAUGGCUCAGGCUUAAUAAUGAAGAAAAGAAGGAGCUGCAGCAUGGGAGUAUAUAUAUUGGGGAUACUGUUCUUAUUAGGAGUUAUGAUGAAUAUGACCAUUCUUGAGAGUAUCUCAGGUUAGAAGACCGAGAAUGGAUAUGGGCCCAAGACGAAGCGAAAGCAGGCCUGAUCGAAAUACAGCCUGUGCUGAAAGAGCCAGUUUACUCAGUCUACCAGUUGGAAACACAGAGAUGUGAGGAUUAUCCCAACUCAGAAUGGAGCAAAAAGGGAGGUCACAACUGAUACGAGUCUGAAAUCCAAGAUGUUCAGUAUAACUUAACAUAUCUGCACAGAAAGGAAAAGCAUCCUUUGGGGCUAAACAAGACUUUCGUUUUGAAAUUCCCAGGAAUUAACGUCAAGGAGCAUUAUUUUGAUAAACAUGGCACAUACCAAAAAGUUUACGUGAGGAAAUGGCUGCUCCUGAGAGCAAAUGAAAGUACUGAAGAUGUAGCUGUAAAACCAGAAACUUCUUACUUCUUAUCUACAAUCAUUGAUAAUAAGUUCUACUUCUUGCAAAAAGGAUGGGAUCAUAAAUUGACAAGACAAAGAGAGCAAGCAAAGACUAUCCAAUUCUAUAUCGUUGAGAAAAACAAAAGAGAUAAUUUUGAUAAAGCUCAGAGUAGAAUAACCCGUGAUUAUUGAUAUUGUCUGUUUGAUUAUGAAUCAAAGAACUUAAAUCUAAUUCGUUAUACAAACAAUUAUUUUCUUGGCUCAAAGAGAUCCAAAGAGAUCAUGACUACAAAAUACACAUCAUUCUCUGAUAUCCCAGCCCAUAACUAUUUUGAGAUAUAUUAUUCUUCCUACCAACAGAGAAUUGUCUUCCAAGCUAUACUAAAAUAUGCUAGCUGCCUUGAUGAUCAACCAACUCUGAAGUACCUUGGAUGGCAAAAUGGGUGCCUAACUUUGGUUAAUUAUGAAUUCAUCUUCGAAGUAGAGCACAUUAAGAAAGGAGACGGCAUAUUUACAAAUACCCCAUUCCUUAUUAAAAUUCCGAACUCUGAUAAAUACUUAAGAGCAACUCCUUCUACAGAGAAGGAGGUUAAUAACAUCACAUGCGGAAAAAUUGACUCUAAGAACGCUAAACAAUUUUAUUUCCACCUGAGAAAUAUGCAAGCCCAUGAUCUCUCCCAACUGAGGAUUAGAGACAUAGACAGGAAACUAUGAGAUGCUUACUCCGAUCUUGAGAGAAUAGAUAGAGUAGGAAUCGAUAACAUAAACGCAAAUGAGCUACUUGAAACAUAUACACAAGUGAAAAAAGAUUUGGAUAAUGCUCCUCUCUGGCUCGAAGAUAGAGAGCCAAAUAAGUGGAAAUUAGGAGUGUUAGAACGCAUGUGUUUAAAUGGCUAUUACAAUGAUAAACAAACGAUCCUUUCUCACAACACCUUCAAUUACCAAUGGUAUUUGGAAAAAGUCAAAGAUCUCAGAAGAAACCUGAUUCUCAACUCCAUCGAUCUCUUCGAAAUCGAAAUCCACCCAUCCUUCUGCUACUACGUCCAAAGCGAGUACCUCCUCGCUCUCGGACUCCGAUCCCAAAACCCUGACUUCUGCUCUGUCCUCAAACAGGCUAAGUCCAUAAUCAGUGACCCAAGAGAAUGUGCCGAAGGAAAUAAUGACUAUAAACGUAUUAUGAUGCUACAGAAGAUAGUGGCCAAUUGUUAUAGGAGAAGGGGAGAUUAUUGUAUUUAUGAGAAAGAAUGCUUCCUGCCAUUUAUCCAAUAUGAGCUUGGAAAAGAUAUGAAUUCAUGUAACUUAAAUAACUUGCUUGGGUUAAUCACUAAUAAAUUCAGAGAUGCAUGGUGAGUUUGGAAUAAUGAUAUUGAUGAAAUCAUUAAGAAGUCUCAAGAAUAUAAGCAAGAGCUCCUAGAAAAUGAAGAAUUUCAAAGAAAUGCAUUCUAUGAAGGAAGAAUGCAAGCUGCCAUCAUGGCUGAUAACCAAACCCUUAACUUGAGAGAACUUAUGAAAGUGCUGAUUUUCAGUUAUGGUAUCAGGCAUGGAUUUGAGCACGAUAUUGAGUUUAUUGAAAAAUGAAAUGACUUCGUUUCAAAUGCAUAUAAAAAUGAAGGCAUUGAUUCACAUAUUUUAGGUCUCUUACUGAGGCUAUCUUGAAAUAUUAAUGUUCCCUUCUGCAAUCAAAUAGUUCCUUCAGAUAUCCAAAUAGAAAAUAUUAAAAGACUUCUGAGCUCAAGUCUCAAAAUGAUAAAAUCAAUGAAAAGUCAUUAUUCCGCUCCUGACUUGUUCUUUAUAUGAGAAACCUUUGAAUGCGUAAUCUGAAUGUUGAAGAAUUCCAAUUAUGAAAAAGUUGUUAUCACAAAAUUGAAGAAUCACUUCAAACUCAAACAUCUACUAAGACUAUUAACUAAUUUUUCGAAGAGAUUCUUAUUAGCCAGGCCAAACACUUUUGACUCCACCAAAUUUACACAGUUGUACGACUGGGAGUUAAUAAAAGCUAAUAAAGCUGCAGUUGACGAUAGGGCUCACGAUGUUGACGUAGUAAUGGAAUCUUAUCAAAGAGAAAUCUGAGCCAAAAUUUUCAAUAUUCUCAACUUAAUAUGGCAAAUAAAGAAUGAUAAAAUGAGCAAAGGGAAGUCUGGGAAAAAUCUCCCAUAUAUUCCUGAAAUAAUUCUUGAUCCCUCUUCUUCAACCCCAAAAGAAUUCGCAAAAGUAUUGCAAAGGAUCAUCAUUAAAUGGAUAGAUUUUGACAAUGAGCCUGAAGUCUCAAAGCAAACUUUUGAUUUCAUUUGCAGAUUUGAUGGCAAGCUUCAAGAAGUUCCUCUCCAAAUAGAUAGAGAUAACGACGAAAACUUUAAUGAUUUAUGCUUAAGAACUCUCCCUUUCUUCACACAUCUGAAAGAAGAGGACAAAAGAGACGUACUCUUGCUACAAGAAAGAAUCAAUAAGAUAACUAUUAAUUCCCCCAAUAUUGAAGAUGAUCACUUUAGUCAAGAAGUGUUGCAUAAUACUUACAGUCUAAUCUCCUUGCUUAUUAAAAUAAACAGCUUAAUAGACUGGAAGGAUGACACAGACAGUAACUGCAUCAGAAUUGCUAACCAAUUCGUGCAUAAUUGUUACGAAUACCUGAUUGUGACGAUCAAAGAUCCCCAAAUAAGAGAGUGUGUGUGGAGAUUUGACAGUAAUUUCUUGUCAAUCUGUUGGAAUAAUAAGCUGUGCAAUUAUUGCCACAGUACUCUGAUCAGAGAUAUUUUGUCAAAGAGCCAAAUUGAACGCUUCAAUUUAGAUUCAAUUGAUGUGUUUAAAGGAGUAUUAUCUAAAAUUGGUAAUUUAUUAGAAUGGGUUGAUGACACCUUUGUUGAUGAUACAGACCAAGAAAUAAAGACUCCUUCAAAGUUUGAUAGGAAGAUUGAGAAAGAUGAUUACAGAAUUCUAGAGUACUUUAUUAAGAAUAACGGUACUGAAUUGUCUGAGAAAUCAGAAGAUACUGAACAGUUGUGGGAUAUUCAGAAGUGUGAAGAAAAUGAUUCUGAUAAUGAAAAUUAUCCAAGCUGAGCCUUUGAGAGAGAUCAAGAAUCCAAACUCAUGAAAAUUUUAAUUCAAGAGCUUCUGAGACAUUCAAGAAACCUUGAACAUAAAGAGGACAUUAAAAAGUUCCAAUUGCUGAUUUAUAAGCUCUUUUCCACAAUCGAAGUUCUUGACUUAGCAUUGGAUACUCAGAAUCAUAUUCUCCAAAGCUUGGAAAUGAUCAGUGAUCUUGUACAAAACGACAGAAUUAUGGAGAAUUCUGAAAUUAGAUACAUGUUUUACACAGACCAUUCGACCAAUGCUAUUUUAUCUCUAAUUCCAAAGAAAUAUAGCUUAAUUGGUGAAGGAAGAAAAGUGAGGCAAUUUGCUUAUGGAAUAUUAAUAAGACUUAUGGAAAUAGACACUGCAGCUGCUAGAAAAAGUUUCCGAACUUGGACUCAUAUUGAAGACAAUAAAAACAUGUUCUUUAGCAGAAUUCAAAGACUAAUAAUUCAAUUUAACACUUUCUUCGUAGAGGAGAAAUGAUUCUGGACAAUAAGCAAUAACUUAGGCAAGACAGAUUAUCAAGAGUUACUUAUGACUUUGCAAUGGCUAACACUGUUGUGUCAGAAUGAUGAGCAUUGGCAAGAAUACCUUAGAAAACAAGACAACUCAAUCCUAAAUCAGAAUAUCCUUCUUGAUGUAGUUGAGCUGAUGAGGACAAGUAUUCUGAGGUAUCGCCACGAAUAUGUGAUUGACCUUCUCAGAGCUCUGAUCAAAUUUAUGACUGCCUCAGUCAAUGGAAAAAAUGAAACAAUAGUUGACUUAUAUGUCAACACCAAUGUGGUUAAAUACUGCAAGGAAAUUCUGACAACUGGCCUUUAUUCCAACGAGAUUGAAUUUAUCAAAAAUAUUAGCAAAAAUUCUUCCAUAGAAAGAUCAGAAGAGAUGGAAAAGAGCUUAGAGCCCUCUAUCAAUAUCAGAUCAUCUAAAAAGCACAACCUACUGAAAGAAGAAGUUCUAUGGUUCCUCAACUGCUUACUAAUUCAAAGCACAGAAGAUGAAGUGAAGAUGGUAGACAACUACGAUGUUAUUAAUAGCCUUAUGGUCCUUAACUAUGCUCAAUAUAAGAUCUAUAAAGGAAGGGAUUAUGAUCUAGAACUAUUCAAGCCUGACUCUAAAUUAUCAGAAGCUUAUAAUAUCAAUGUCGGGUUCCGUUGCUAUCACUUAAUUUCGAAAUUAUGGGGGAAUAAUAAAUUGCCACAGUCAAAUUGAGUCCAAAAUAUUGACGAAACAGGCGCUUUUAAAAAGUAUUGGAGAUUACUGAGAAUGCUAAAUUUCAAAGCAUUAAUAUUUAGAAGGAGAUAUCAGCCUCCUUCUCAAAUAUUUUAUAAGCCUUUGGAUGAUAAAAGAGACAUAGUUGCUGAUGCUACAAGGUUUUUUGAUGCAUAUUGCUCUGAUAUUGAAAUAGUUAUGCCAAAUGGUCAAUUGGAGACAAGGCAUUUUGAAAUACUACCUUCCUUCCUGUUCUUGACUCAGACUGAGAAAGAUGAGUUCUGGUUGAAUGCAAAUUUGGACAACAGUAAAACUGCAGUUAUUUCAUUCAUGGGAUUUGCUCAAGACAAAGUGGAUGAGUUAUUCAUACAGCAAGAGAUUCAAGAAAAAUGGUUCUGACUUAGAGAGGUUGCAAUGAAAGAUAAUUGGUUGACAGACCUUGGCAGAAUUCUUAUCAUCUCAAUAAAUCUUAUAUUGUUCUUUUCAUUAGAAAUCAAUGAAGGGAAGGUUCUUGAUAAUCCAAGCUUCUUUGAACUGAGCUAUUAUACAACAAAAGUUAUUCUGACUGUCCUUGGAAUUUUAAUGCUGAUAUUUUUCACAUACAUGACAACAAUACAAGGAAUUGUCAUGAUAGGGAUACAGAAAGCAAAAGCGAUCAGAGAGGAAGACCAAAGUCAUGAAAGAAGUAGAUCCUCUCGAUUAUUCACCUUGAUAUCAUAUAUACUUAAUCAUAAAGAAGAAACCCUCAGGACAAGGAACAUCUGGUGCUUACUAUUUUGCUUGGGCUUCUCUAUUGCUGGGAUGUCUGUUGAUUUCUUCUGGUUCUCGUUCACUAUGAUGUAUCCUUUGAUAUUCUCUCCUCAAAUCUUAGAGGUGACCAAUGCCAUCUGGAACCCUAAAAGAAGAAUAGUCUCGACCAUAGUACUUAGUGGUGUUGUUCUCUACUGGUUUGGCGUUAUUGCUUAUGUUUUCUUUGGAAGCGAGUUUGAUGGGGCUGUGGGGAACUCAAACCAAACACUGAGAAGAACCUUAGCUGUCAUAUUCGAUGCCUGGCACAACUUUGGAUUAGGAGCCUUCUUAACUGAAUGGGGAAGAUCUGCAAUUUAUGAAGAUACUGGUAAUGGAGAGUAUGAAUAUAGACUCAAGGGUGCAGUCAUGUGUUUCAAUUUCUUGUUCUUCUUUGUUGUCAACACUCUUCUUUUGAAUAUCCUCAGUGGAAUCAUUAUUGAUAAUUUUGCAGAGAGAAGAUCUAAAAGCGAUGCAAUUCAUGAAAGACAAAAUGAUCUCUGUUUUAUUUGUGGAGAAUUAUCAAGUGAUUUACCUGAUUUUAAGAGUCACUGCAAGUAUAAACACAAUAUCUGGGAUUAUAUGUGCUACAUUGGCUAUUUAAAGGCUAUGAAAAAGGAGAAAAUGACAGACUAUAGAGAUAUCCAUGUUUAUAGCUGCAUCCAACAGGGUAAGAACGACUGGUUCCCUGCUUACCAAGAUUUUGUGAGACAAGCAGCAUAUAAGAAAAAGUCAACAGAUAUUCUCGGUGAAGUUAUUCACGAUUCUCCUUAUCAAGGUAUUCAAAGCCAAGAAGAUUCCUCCAAACUUGCUAGGUAUUCCCAAGGAGCGACUUCUCAUAAACACGACAAACAAAUGUUCAAUCUUGAGCAAACCUUUAGAGAAGAAAUAACGAAGCAGAAUGAAGAGACUAAGAAGCAAAACCAAGAAAUGAAGCAAGAGAUCAAAGAGCUGAAAUUGAUGCUCUCAAAUUAUGUAAAAAAGAAUUCUUCUUAA